CGGGACUGCAUGAAACCCAGCGUCUUAGAGAAACAUCUCCGCUGUCACACUGGGGAGAGGCCCUACCCCUGUACUGUUUGUGGAGUUUCUUUCAAAACUCAAAGCAACCUCUACAAACAUAAGCGCACUCAGGCUCAUGCACGCCUGUCGUCUGAGUCUGAGCAGAGCAGCCAGGGAAGCCUAGACAGCAUAUCCAACUCCAGAGAGACAUAUACCUCCAGUUUGUCUGUGGAGGAGCCUGGCUGCCUGGAAAAGGAUGCCUCUCUACCUGCUGCUGAGAUCUCCAGUCCAACCAGUACAACAAAGGUCUGCUCUGGAAAGACACCAGGCUCCACUAGUGAGCAAAACGAGUUGACCCCUAUAGGUCAAAAUCCAGGGCCACAUGAAAAGCCAACGAGGGAUGAUGAAAAACAGAAAAAGGAAAAUGAAAAUUCUCCUCUACCCGCAAAUCGACAUCUUCCCCUCCAGAGGCAAGAGGCUACUCUCUUCUCUAAGCAAUGGGAAAGUUCAGUAUCAAGAGGAAAAUCACAAAGCCAUGAAAGCACCGACUCAGGAUUCAGUGAAAUCAGUGACCACUACCCCAGCCCCAGCAGUGUUUUACCUGACCACAGUAUGGAUUCAUUAACCGAGUCAACCAAGGAGCAUCUUUUAGAAACCUCUGACACACAUUCAGAACCUGGCCAAAUUAACCAGGAUUCAAAAGACAAUGCACGGGAGCAGGAGCAGAAGAUAUUGGAGGAGCGAAUAUCCAAACUGAUUUCACAGAAUUCAGCUGUUGUGGAGGACAAACAGCUGGAAAAUGUGAGGCCGCGAAAGACAGUCCUGUCAAAGCAAGGUAGCAUUGACCUUCCGAUGCCCUACACCUACAAGGACUCCUUCCACUUCGACAUGAGGAUCAAUAAAACGCAAAAUGUUGGGUUACAAAGGAAUAAGAAGCCUGGUUUUUACAACUCAGUGCCAACACAACACUCUGUGACUAUGGAGCAUGCACCCCUAACACGCAGCAACUCCCUCCCAUUUAGCGUCACCCUCCUGCAGCCUGAGAAAAGCAGCCCAACCACCCCCUAUCAGAGUGAUUAUGUAACACUCGUCCGACGGGGAAGCUCCGGCCAAAUCAAUCCAACAGGUUUUGCGAUUAAGCCUGUGAACCAGCAGUCAUCUACGCACCGCCCACUGGUCCGGCAGACAGCCGUAGACUGUAACCACGCAACAGACGGUCUCUUCAAGAAUUCAUCUGUGGAGGAGGCGUGCACCAGCAGUCUCAGCUGCGAUGGUGGCGAUGGUGACAUUUGUGGAGAGCCAAGCAACAGAAAGUUCCGGAGGAAGAAGGCACAGAAGUUUGCCUACAACAAGUGGUACAUGUAUGGUGGAGGGACAUUUAAAAAGCUCUAUGAUGACAGAGGAGGCGAUAGCGGUGUUGUCAAAGGCAGGAAAUCUUUAACAACCCCAGAGCAUGAAGUUAUUCAGGGUCUACAAAAAAGACUGUCAGCAGGGCAUAAAGAGACAGGAACAAUAACAGGAUCAGUGCAAAACUUCACAAGCAAUACAGCAACGGUGUGUCAUCCAGGCUGCCCUCCUAACAGACCUCCCCCUGUGCCUGGAGUCGAAUUUAAUCUAAAAAGUGCCCAGUUUCAUUCAUCAUGCAGUUCCCUCAGGAUGCCACUCAGGAGAAAUCUAUCUUUGUCAACACUGCCGUUAUCUUCUAUUGGAUCGCUGGUUACCCACACCACAGACAGCAUAAGUAGAACAGAGGCAGGGAGAGUGAUUAAUGAAGGAAAACAUACUGACUCCACCUCGCAGCUUGGCGGAGCCCAUAUUCCCUCAGACAGAAAAAAGCAGAGAACUGAUGACAAAAUCAUUUGCCCUCAGGAGAUGGAGACUGACCCAAACACACUGACUCAUCCUCCUCCCUCUGUCACUGCCGGCGUUCCUCAGCAAGAGACAAAACUCACUUACAUCAACAUUCAAACAAAUCAAAACCAUGCUCAGCUUAAAGCGGCUCUCUUUCCUGCUUGUAUAAUCAAUGCAAAUGCACCAUCUGUUAGCACCUCACCAGCUACUUCCAUACCCACUGCUGCCAAAACCAGCUUCCUACCCAAGUACCAGCUAAAGCUACCAAAUGCUUCAGAAUCUGAUUCAAAUCCAUCAUUACAAGUUGGGGAUAAACUGACAGGAAGUGAUGGCAGCAGCAAUUUCACCUCUGUCCUGCCUAGCACGGUGAAAACUUUACCUUCGGCCACAAUAUCUGAAAAGCAGUGCAGUGACCCCAUCAAUUCACCUUUGAUUCAGCCUUGUACAUCACUUUUCAGCUCUACACAACUCAUCUUGCCUUCUGCAGCCACAACCCCUUCUUGUCAGGCAGAUACACCAGGACUGAGUCAAAAGGUAACCUCCAGUCCAGCUGUAGCACACAAGCUUUUUGCAGCACCCACAAAAACCACAGCCUGCUUGCAUAAUUACCAGGCAGGGUUAUGCAGUACUAUGACGGAAAAUCCAUCCAUGAAAACCACUGUGCAGAUACUCAAACCUGUUGCACUUGAGGCUGAGAACACUGCUACAUCCACUAUAACCACAGAACACAAUCAGUCUCAACCUGCUGCUAGCACAGGUUUUUCACAAGCUCAGCAACAUCUUCCUCCACAUAUAAAUGCCUCAACAUCAUCAUCAGGCCAUCCCAGCCAGUUGGAUGGAGUGACCACCUGCUCAAAUAGUCCAUUAAUACCAUGUCACAUCGUUCCAUUUGACUCGGGGCAGCCAGUCGCUCAGAACGUGUUUCAUGUUCACACGGCAGAUCUGCAGAUUUGCUUGCAGAUCAUAUCCGACGAGCAGCUGGCUCUUAUUGAACCCCAGAUUGAGAGGCAAGCAGGUAGCAGCCUCUCACAGACGUGUGAGAUGGAAGUCACGGCAGGAGGCACGCAAAAUAAAGCACAAAGCUUUGACACCACUCAAAGUACUAAUGAAGAAAGGGACUGUGAACAGCUUGGACUUCAAAGGGAAAUAAACCAAAGCAAGUCUCUACCCACACUUAACAUGGACAACAUAAAACCUCCGAUGUCUGUUAGUUUUGAAAAUGCGCAGCCAAAUAUCCCCAUGACUCAGGCCACAGCUGAAUCUGAGUCUCCUGAAGGUCCAGCCUUGUCAAUACGCCCACACAAAUACAGCCAUAUAAACAUGGACGCAGAGCCACGUAACUAUGCAGGAGAAGUUAUGUCAACUGUGGCUUCUCUCAAAGGUGUAAAGGCAGGAAGAAGCCAAACUUCAGAGCAGGAACAUGCCCCUCCUGUGAACUGUUCUGAUGAGGAGCAGCUUUUGCCAGACGGAAGGGUUAGCCAAGGUGAACUGAUCCCUCAAACACCAUCCGGCCAACACAAGCUCUGCCCUGAAAACAUGACCUGUGUGUCUUUUAGCUCAGAGGAAAAGUGUAACAGUGAAUUAUCCGUUGAAGAAAGCCAACCCAAACCUAGAAAUCAAGGAAGCCUAUGUUCUGUGAGCAAAAUGAAAACUGUGGUACACCAAAGCAGCAUGUCCGAAAACGAAGAAGCCCGUUCGUUUGUGCAGGUCAGACCUGGGCAGGCCUUCAGCAUUCCGUGUACCAACGAACAUUCCAGGUCAGCUUCCUCGUUUUCCAUCAGUAAUGGCAGAACUCCAAGACAAUUGAACACACAAGCCUUGAUUUACAGCAUCAGUCCUGUGGAAUGCACUUUAUCUGAGACUUUGAAUUCAUCCAAACAUGUAAACACUGGAUAUGAGGAGGUUUUGGACAGCCCCGCCCCUUCACAGGAAAUAAACCUCGGUAAAUCAGAGGAUGUUAUCAGCUUGGCUCCAUCAGAGCAACAACCUGCUCAGGUUACUUCAGCGUCUGGCAGCAUCCAGGUGGAAGUUCCCAAAGAUGUCCCAGCAGAGCUAAAAACUGUUCCAAACCCCAGCACAGAUGGAGACUCCCCGACUGGACGUGCAGCCCAGGAGGAGCAGCAGACACAGGGAGAUGGAGGAGGUGGAGGAGAUGGAGGUGAUGGAGGAGAUGGAGGUGAUGGAGGUGAUGGAGGGGCCCCGGGGCGUCCAGACUGUGCAGACCAGAGGCCACAGCAGAACCAGGAGGUCAGACAGAAUCAUCAACAAUGCAUAGAAGGACAUGGGAGUGGAACAGAGGACAAGAACGGAGGACUGAAGUCAGACAGCUGCACAUACAUCCUGUUAGCAGAUCUGAUCAAACCAGAGGGAGAGGUCACGAAGGUCAAGCCGGAUUCCUUUCCAAACUCUUCGCUAUCUGAGCAGCAUCUUCAGCAUCUUUCCCAGACGCACUCAGGAAUGUCUGAGUACCCUCCGCAAAGCCCUCAGCUGGUCCCAGGCACAUCAAAUAACCUCCACGGACCUGCCAACAGCGCUCAGGUGGGCCCUCGGAACCUUCUGGAAGUGGGUAAUUUGUGUUUGUCACAACACUGGGAGAGCGGCGCACACGACUAUCCCUGUAAAUCUACAGACGAACAGCCCCGGCCAAGACAAACGCAGGCUGUUUCGUACCCCGAGCCGGAUUUUCAACAAACAUUUUCACACGUGGAGCAACAGCAUGAGUGUAAGAAACGCAGCGUGGACCCAUCUGCUCAGCGUCGAGAUGAUACUGGCGUCGUAACGGGCUGUAGCGUCGAGUCAGGAAUUCACAGAGGCCUCUUAUCUGAUGUCAAAGCUACAUCAUCAGCUGCACAAAUAAGCCAAAUUUCUCUCUGUGGUCAAAUCCAAACAGUGAUGGAGGAUGUGAAAGGAGAAACUGCCGUCUUGAAUCAUGCAACACUGCUGGGUAAUGGCUCCACCAGGCCAUCAAAGACCUUCGUGUUCCCAGAAACGGACACUGAUGAUAGACAGGAUUACUCAACGCAGAGCGGGAACUCCGGGAGGGCAGAUAUUACAAACAAAUACCAGUCUUUUUUCUUUGCCGGUCAACUUCAAAGCUACCAAGCAUCCGAGUGUCUGAGGCCGGUGCAGAGCUGCCAGGAUUACCCAGAAGACACCAGCAGUAGUGACGAUGAGGGGAAACUCAUCAUAGAACUGUAGAUGAACACAUGCUGCUUGGAUUUUUUUUUUUUUUUUUUACUGUAGAUAUUUAUUUGACGAUAAAGUAAAACAUCCCUUCAGGGUUAAAAUGAUCUUAUUGGCUGAGUUAUAGC